UUGUAUUUAGAAGCCCUUCACUGAAGAUAAAGAGCAGCUGUGGUUUUAAUCUCCAUCUUCACAUCGAGUCACCAUGAGGACCACUCGCAUCCUUCUGCUCAGCAUCCUGGGAUAUGCGCUGAUCGCCUCUGUGAUCUGCAGCAAUGGAAUCGGCCCUGACAACUGCUGCUUCACUCCUUACCCGAGAAGACUGAACAAAAGACUCAUCAGCUCAUAUUCCAUGACUGAUUACCGAUGCCCGAAGUCUGCAGCCAUUGUGGUUACGAAAAAGGGUCGUCACAUCUGUGUGGAUCCGACCCUCUCCUGGGUUGUGAGCAUCAUGAAAAGUGUGGACGAAGGCACCUUUUGAACCAGCUGCCUGCUUGCCCUCCUUCAAAGAUACUGCGGCUUUCGAUGCUUCAUCGAAUCGUAUGCUAUGAAAUGCAUGUUACGAUCAAAGUUUGUUGAUUUUGCCUCCAGAUGGAGUCAUUUUGAGCUUGUAUUGGCACACUGACCAACUUAUCCUGUGUUUUUGUUAUUUCUUUUGCAUGCUUUGUAAUACCCACAUCAUACAGUAUCAACCUCAUACAAAUACAGUCAAUCUUAAAGCUUUG